AGUCGUUGACUUAGGCGAAGUUGAGUGCUUAGAUUUUUCGCAACUGGCAAUGCCGUCACUUAGAGCUUUUGAGCUUUUUGCCAUUUAUAAUAGCUUGGCCGAACUUUUAACGGAUUUAGAUCGUCGCAAAAAGCAACGCAAACAAUCGACAACGCGACUCCGAGCAAUACAAUUGAUCAGAAAAGACAGGAAAAAAAUAUAUAGCAUAUAGACGGAAAUAUUUGAAAGAAGUGUUACACUUAGAUUGUUUGCAUUUUUUGUUUCCUUGACUGAGCUAUGAGUGGCGUGCUGCGUCGCGGUUCCUUGAAUUUCGAUUGCGUUGGCAGCUCACGGGGCAGCCUUGAUUCGAACCUUUAUGGCGGUUACCGCGAGGCAAAGCCAACACCAGGCACACCGGAAAUAAAUGUGAUUGCAAUGGACUUUCGUCGACAUUCGGAUGAUCUGAAGAAGGUCGGCCUCAUGGCUAUGGCUGCACCAAUUGCGAGUCCUGUCAAGGACCUUAGCCAAGAUAUCGACAGCGAUGUUCUAUCCAAUUUUCUGGGUCAUUAUCGCAAAUGGAGCUUUGUGUGGACCUUUCUGCUGUGCCUAUUCCAGUUACCAACCACAUUUCAUUUGUUUAUGUUUGUGUUUCAGACCGCGCCAAAGGAUUAUUGGUGCGCCAGACCAGCAAAUCUUCAAAGCCUUAGCGUUACGGAAUGGCGAAAUCUCAGUCAGACGCCCAAUGGCUGUCAACUCCUUGACAUUGACUAUAGUCAGGUAAUCUUGGACAAUGGACAGCUGCUCAAUUGGCCCAGCAAUACCUCCGAUAUAGGCUACAGGCAGUGUCAGCAAUUCGAGUUCUCCGAUAUCGAUGGCGAUGCCAAGACUGUGGUGGAGGACUUCAGCUUAGUUUGUGGCAACAACAUUACAAAUUAUGUGGAAAUGUGUUUUCUGAUGGGCGCGGCAGCUGGAGCCGUGCUGUCGGGUUGGAUCUCGGACCGUUUUGGUCGGCGACACACAUUGAUGAGCUUUGUUUUAAUACAAACCAUUUUCGGUGGUAUUUUGGCCUUCUCGACAUCGGUGGCCAUGUUCAUGUCGCUACGUGUUAUAAUUGGAUUCGCAUCAAUGACCGUGACUGUUGUAAGCUUCGUGUUAGUCGUCGAGCUGGUCUCCGGCAAAUGGCGGACAAUAAUCGGCAUAUUAAACAUUUUACCAGUGGCCAUCUCCUAUGUCCUGUCAUCUGGCAUUGCCUAUCUCAUCCGAGACUGGCGUACACUGCAGCUGGUCAUAUCCUGGCCAUGGCUAGCCUUGCUCUCCAUUUGGUACUGGCUGCCGGAGUCUCCACGCUGGCUUCUGGCACAGGGUCGCCUAGAGGAACUUAGUUGUUUGAUUGAGGGCGCAGCCAAGAUGAACGGCACCACACUGCCCAACAACUAUCAAAAAAUGCUAGAAGCCGCCGUCCCUAUGGCCAUGCAGCAUCAGGACUCAGCCCAGGCAGAAGCUGUCAACACAGCCAUUGAGGAGAGCAAGACGCCAUCGGAUUUACAUCAUUUGGGUGUGCAUGUAAAUCCGGUGUUUGUUGUCUUUAGCAGCAAGUACUGGCGCACCACCAUGCUCACUCUGAUAAUUUGGUUCACCCUAAUCAUAAUCUAUUUUGGCCUGACUCUGCAUCUAAGCAACUUGGGCGGCAAUGUCUACAUAAACAGCGCAGUAGCCGGCAGUGUUGAGUCCAUUUCCAUAUGCAUCAGCAUUUUCAUAGUGAUGAAAGCCGGCAUCAGGCGCAGCCUGCUAGGCUACAUGUUGCUGCCUGGCCUCUGCUGUCUGGCCACCAAUUUGGUGCCCCAGGGCGACCAUAACCAGGCAGGCGUCAUUGCUCUAGCCACCGUAGCCAAGUGUUUAAUAGGCGCCAAUAAUGCCAUUAUACCCACUUACACAGCGAUGCAGUAUCCGACUAUUGUUCGUAACUUUGGCGUGGGAAUGGGGAAUUUGGCAUCAGGCAUUGCGCUCAUUCUGGUUCCCUCAUUGUGGCAGUUGGAGCACUACGACGCUCUGCUUCCUUUGAAUAUAAUGGGAGUUUGUGGAUUGAUUGGCGCUGUUGCUAUAAUUUUGAUGAAGGACGUUGAAUAG